CUUUUUCAAUCUCUGCUGAUACCCGGCUGGUUGUUUUGAGGGGUGCAGUCAGUACCAGGCACCUAGGCAAAAUAACCGAGAAAUCAGAGUGAAAAGCAGUCAAACAGAGAGAGAGAGAAGAUUUCCGGAUGAAUCAGUUUGCCCCAAGUCCAACUAAAUCGUUCUGAUAAACGCACAUGGAUUUUUGUUUACUUGCGACGUACACGUCUGGUCUUGGUUUCACUCUCACUUGUUUGCUGAUCCAGUGACCGGCUGAUUCUGAGCUGAUUGAUAAAGGUUCUAGUUCUACCCUCAGCUUAUCAGUUCACAGCCCUUCUAAUAAUUUAGAGUCUAAACUUUAGACCAAGCUGUCAGUGGUACUCGUUCAUUGGGACUUUGGGACCUUAUAGUCACAAGCUAAAUAUGUGUGGCCGAACUGCUUGCACAUUAGCCCCUGACGUAAUAUGUCGAGCCUGUACCUAUAAGAAUGGGACGUCGGGUGAAUAUCAGCAACCCACCUGGCAAGAUCACCCACCAUCGUCUGACGGGACCACUCCCUACACGUACUAUCCCUCUGCAAACAUCGCCCCAACCAGAUUUACUCCUGUCAUGUACAAGACGUCGAACGCUUCUUCCAGCAAUAAUAAUACACAACAAAACAAUCAGGAGUCGAGCACAAACAAAAUUGUGGUUCAACCAAUGAUGUUUGGUAUGAUUCCAGUGUACCAUAAGGGGGAAGCAAAAUCGCAUGGAUUAAGUACAAAUAAUGCUCGUAUCGAGGGCAUACUGGACUCUAGACUGUACAAGCCAGUGCUAAACAAACGACAGUUAUGUGUGAUUGUUGCACAAGGAUUUUAUGAAUGGAAAACGGUUGGCGCAACUUCGGGAGCCAAAAAACAGCCUUACCUUAUUUUCGCUCACCAAGAUGCAAAUGUGAAAGUCGCUGAUGCGACCAGCUGGACCAACGGCAAAUGGAGUCCAGCGAAAGGAUGGACAGGACCGAAAAUCUUGAAAAUGGCUGGACUAUAUGAUGUGUGGACAUCACCCAAAGGAGAUAAAGUAUAUAGCUACACCAUUAUAACAAUGGCUUCAAAUAAGACAAUGUCAUGGCUCCAUGACAGAAUGCCAGCAAUUUUGGAAAGUAAUGAACAAGUGAUGGGAUGGCUUAAUGCGUCUCUGGAGAUGGACACGAAGGAAUUAUUAAGUAUCCUGAAACCUGCCACCGCACUUGAAUGGUAUAUGGUAGACUCGAAAGUGGGCAACUCUCGGUGCAGGGAUAUGGAUUGCAUGGAACCUAUUGACCCCAAAAAAGGUUCCAAGGGGAGCAGCUUUAUGGAUAAAUGGCUGAAGAAGCCAGACAAACGAAAGAAGGAUGAUGACGAAUUUGCUACCCCAGCUCAGCAACCAAAAUUGGAAAAAUGAAUGAUCUUUAAACUAACAAACAACUGACGAUUUACCUGGCUUUAAUGAAAUAAUCACUUGUACAAAUCACUUACAAAUUAAUCCAUCAUCCAAGUUUACGUUAUAAAUGAAACCAAUAAAAUUAUACUUUUUUCGAUUAA